UCCAGAUCUCUGCUUCACUUUCCAUAACUGGAAAAUAUGUAACGACGACAAUGGAAGUGAGGCCGCCGGAGUGCUGUAUUACCCUGUUGUAUCACGCUGCUGUAUUGUUGUAUCCUGCCCUCUGUACGGCUGCAGGGCUUUCGUAGCCAUCUGCUGCAUAGUAAGGUGGCAAAUUGUGAUCAAGAUGAUCAACUUGAAGAUAUCGUUUGUGAUUACCAGACAUGCUGCAAAAUUACCUUUCUGUAACACAUACAAAGCACCUCGGAUCUUUUUGAUCCAAGAUCUAAGAGGCCAGCAGUUACAUUGUAGACAAUAUACAAUACCCUGUCAAAGAGACUUUAUUCCUUGUCUCCCAAAAAUCUCAGUGCAAGAGCGAAGAUUACAGCAGAUUUGUUCCACUAAGAAUACAGCAAGUAAAAUCCAAGCCCGAACAUUUUUUUCACCAUUCCGCAGAAACAAAAUCCAGAAUAUUGGAAUAAGUGAUAAUGUAGACUCUCACUAUGAAUUGAUUUAUACCAAUGAUGCCAUUUCUUAUAUAAGAUUAGGAGUAGGUGGGGUGAACAUCCUUGGUGCAGGAGUAGGCACAAUGUUGUGUCUGAAUGCCUUCAAUGUGGUAAAUACAAAUUUAGAGGUAAUAAAGAAUUCACCUUUGGAAGUAAGUAUAUUUGUCAGUGUUAAUGUUUUAAUGAUCAUAGGACUUUUUAAAUUAGCGCACAUUUAUCCAUUUCGUAUAUAUUACAGUGAGUUGGAGGACGAAUUCAUUGCAGUAUUCAGUGGUAUCCAUCCAUUUGCAGUGCGCACAUUAAAAAUAAAGCCAGGGGAGGUGCAGCUUUUAUCAAGUAACUGGACUAAACCAAUUAUUCCCUGGUUAUCCAAUAUAUAUGGUUUGCCUUCUCAGAAAAUAUAUCUUGAUGUUCAUAGGUUCAUUUACCCUGUGUAUUACAAUAAAUUGCUUGGGUACUGUUAACAGGUAACUGCUAAUAGUUUUAGUGUAAUUGAAAAUGUAAAUACAGUACAAUAUUGUAACAAGUAUAUAGAAAGUGAGUUGUGAGCUAACAUGAUAGCUAUGGUUGGCACUAAAGGUUUGCCGGUUUCACUACAAUCUUAAUAUAGAAAUGUAUUCGAUAUAAGACUGCAAAUUAUAUAAGUAAUAGAACU